ACAAAGACAAGAUAAAUAAAAAACAAUAUUAAAAAUAAUAGAAAGCGUGAAUUAUUUCACAUAAUUUUUAUUCAUAUACUUUCUAAACGUAUUAAUAAAUAAUGGAUCAAUACUUUGAAAGUUACGAAGAACUUGAUAUCCAUCAAUUAAUGCUAAGCGAUAAAACACGUGUCUUAGCAUAUAAAAGUGCUAUUUUUAAUUCAAAAGAGCAGUUUCAGGACAAAAUAGUAAUGGACAUUGGUGCUGGCUCAGGAAUAUUAUCAAUUUUUUGUGCCCAGGUUGGUGCAAAAAAAGUUUACGCAGUGGAAGCAAGUAUAUUAGCAAAGAGUAUCGACCAAGUGUCUAUUGAAAAUAACGUGCAGGACAAAGUUGAAGUAAUUCACAGUAAAGUAGAGGAUAUUCGUCCAGGUAGUUUGGAGAAUGUGGACAUAAUAAUUUCAGAAUGGAUGGGUUUUUAUUUGGUACAUGAAGGAAUGUUAGAUUCUGUACUUUUUGCUAGGGAUAACUUCUUACACGAGGAUGGUCUGUUAUUUCCAUCCAUUGCAAAAUUAUACGUCUCACCAUGUCAGAUACCUUCCAUGUAUGAAUUUUGGGGUGACGUGUGUGGAGUCAGUAUGAGGUGUAUAGGGAAAAACUAUAGAAAAAUUAAAUCCUUGAAGCCAGAAAUUUUGCUUCUAAAUCAAGAUGACCUUUUGGCAGAAGGUAAAUUGUUUGCUUGGCUGGAUUUGAAAUGCAUCUCCGUGGAAGAGAUAAAUCUAUUAGGUGGAGAAGAUUACGUAUCGGUAUGUGAAAAGGACGGGAGGUUUCAGGGAUUGUGCAUUUGGUUUGCGGUGGAAUUUCCAGAUGGUUCGGAACUGUCCACGGGACCUCGUGACAAGGCGACACAUUGGAAGCAAACCGUGAUUGUUUUGCCCGAAGAUAUAGAAGUGACAAACAGUGAACCUGUCGCCUUUAAAUUGGAAUUAAAAAGAGACACUUCAUAUCCGAGGCGAUACAACAUGGAAUUAAAUUUGUUGGAUGCGGAGGAACUGGAGCAUGAGGCUCCAUGCAAUUGUCACAUGACAAAAUGUAUCGUGACAAAACAGUACAUCUAUGAGUUGGAUGUAAGCGAAUCGCGUGCUGAGGAAAAUACUUAGGAAAAUAUUUUUGUACAUGAAAUAUAUUUUCAUUAAACUAUCUAAAUGACAAA